ACAGAGUGGCUGCCUGCUGGAUCUCUGCCUUCCUCUCUUUACCUCUUUUCCUCUUGAAAUGGAGAUAAAAGGUCGAGAGACUCCCAGCAUCCAACAGCACGUGGAGGACUUCCAGAGAUUACAAUCAAGCCCAACUAAGUCUCUUCACCUGAGAACACUGCAGCCUUGGGAGUAGUUUCCUCCAGAGUUUUGCCUCACCUGUGCAGACGGAGACACAGCAGUGACACCUCUCUUUGUUAAUCUUCUUGCCUUUAAUUUUUCUUCCUCUUGCAGACUCGUCCUGUGCGGCAGCCACAGGCUCUGAACUCUAUCUCCUCCCUCUUUCUCUUUCACUUGUUCAGCUGUCACUCUGUCUGUCACUCUCAGGAUAUCCCCUUCCCUCUUUCUAGGGUUUCAUAAUGCAUCAGGAUCUGUGCGGGGUCUGACUCUCAUUCAGAGUCAGGGGUGGAUUUCAUCCCACUGCUUUCUCCCUGUUUGAGAAUAUGGACAAGUAAUGAGUGUCAGCGUGAGUCGACGUGGAAAUGAUGAGAGGUCACUGUCCCGAGCCAAACGGAGCCUUUUACCUGACUAUGAAGAACCGGAUACGGCUUAAUCUUUGAAUUAUAGGCGGUCUAGCACUGUGUUUGGCUGAAGCUGAGUAUAGAGUGGGGUUUUUGUGUAUGUGCGUUUUGAAUCUGUUGGAUACACAGUCAUGGGGAACGCAGCAGGAAGCACAGAGGGACCCCACACGAAGGAGGGCAAGACAGUGGUGGCCCCUCCGGCCUCCACGGGCCCCCAGAAACAACCCGCGGGGCUGAAACUCCCGAUGCCACCUGAAGACGAGCUGGAGGAGCGCUUCAGUGCAGUACUGAACACAAUGAAUCUUCCUCCAGACAAGGUGAAGAUCCUCAGUCAGUACGACAACGAGAAAAAGUGGGACCUGAUCUGUGACCAGGAGCGGUUUCAAGUGAAGAAUCCACCAUCCACAUAUUUGGAGAAGCUGAGGAGUUAUCUGGAUCAUGGAGUCAGUCGAAAGUUUAAGAGACGUGUCCAGGAAUCCACUCAGAUCCUGAGAGAGCUGGAGAUUUCCCUGAGGACCAAUCACAUUGGCUGGGCUCAGGAGUUCCUGAACGAGGAAAACCAGGGCUUAGAUGUUCUUGUGGAUUAUCUGUCCUUUGCACAUAGUGCUGUCACGCACGAUGCGGACACUUUAGACAAUGGCUCCUUGCCCACAGACAAAGGCAAAAACAUGGACAAAUCAGUGGAAGAUCUGAGCAGAAGUGCCAGCAACUCCCCUUCUCACGGUGCUUUGAAGACCAGCAAGGCCUUCACAGUCAGAUUCAACUCUCUCCAAAACAGGAAAGCAGCGAGGAGCUCACGUGUGGUGAGCCAGAAGGAUGACGUUCACCUCUGCAUCAUGUGUUUACGUGCCAUCAUGAACUAUCAGUCUGGGUUCAACCUGGUGAUGAAGCACCCCUGCUGUGUCAAUGAGAUCACACUCAGCCUCAACAACAGAAACCCAAGGACUAAGGCUCUGGUGCUGGAGCUGCUGGCUGCCGUGUGUUUGGUGAGAGGAGGCCACGACAUUAUCCUCUCCGCCUUCGACAACUUCAAAGAGGUGUGCGGAGAGAAAAGCCGGUUUGAGAAGCUCAUGGAGUUUUUCCGCAGUGAAGACAGCAACAUCGACUUCAUGGUGGCCUGUAUGCAGUUCAUCAACAUCGUGGUCCACUCAGUGGAGAACAUGAACUUCAGAGUCUACCUGCAGUAUGAGUUCACUCGACAUGGGCUGGAUGAAUACCUGGAGAGGCUGAAGUUCACAGAGAGCGACAGACUGCUGGUCCAGAUUCAGGCCUAUCUGGACAAUGUGUUUGAUGUGGGAGCUCUGCUGGAGGACGCAGAGACUAAGAACGCUCUGCUGGAGCACGUGGAGGAACUGCAGGAACACAACACACAGCUGAGCAGCAGGCUGCAGGAGAGUGAGAGGGAGGCGAUGGACAAAGUCUCAGAGUUGGAGAAAAAGCUCAUUCAAACCACCAAAGAAGUGGAGCUCCUAAAGGAGAGUCUCCGCGAGUCGAGCUCUCAGGUGACUCUGCUGCAGCAGCGAGAGCGAGAGAGAGAGCUUGAACGUGAGAGGGAGAGAGAGAGAGAGAGGGACAAGGACCGGUCCACCCAGGCCUUGAAGGAGCUGGAGGCCAGAGUUCAAGCCCUGGUGGAGCAGGGGCUCGUUCGGAUGGAGCGCUCCUCAUCUGGACACCUGGACGUUCAGGUGGUCCCCGUCAUCCAGCACGUGAUCCAGGAAGCUAAAGACGAACCUGAUGCAGGUACUGGCCUCGAGGCUCCUCCCUCCUCCUCAGACUCUCUGCCUCACCUUUCUGAGGAUUCUUCGCAGUCAGUGACGGUACCAGCUCCUCCGCCACCACCGCCCCCUCCCCCGCCACCACCACCACCACCUCCUCCAGCUCCUCCAGGAUCAACUAGUGCUCCUCCACCUGCAGCUCCACCUCUCCUGCUGCCUCCUGGAGGUAGUACGACCCAGCCAUCAGGGGCCGAUGGGAGCUCAGGCUGUAAAAAAAAGAAGCCUAUUCAGACCAAAUACCGCAUGCCGCUGUUCAACUGGCAGGCCCUCAAAUCCAACCAGGUGGCAGGAACCAUCUUCAGUGAGCUGGACGAUGAGCACGUCCUGGAGGAGCUAAACAUGGCUGCCUUUGAGGAGCAGUUCAAGACCAAGGCCCAGUCCACCCCUAUCGAUCCAGGGACCCUCAAGAAGAAACUGGCCCACAAGACCCCGAGUAAAGUGUCUCUGAUGGAGCCCAACAGGGCCAAAAACCUGGCUAUCACCCUGCGCAAGGAAGGAAUGGCAGCAUCUGAUAUCUGCUGUGCCAUUGAGACGUAUAACCAGAGAGCUCUGAGUCUGGACUUCCUCGAGCUCCUGGAGCGUUUCAUCCCCACGGAGUACGAAAUGAAGCUCAUCCACAACUACGAGUGCGAGGGCAGGCCCCUGGAUGAGCUCAGCGAGGAGGACCGCUUCAUGGUGCGCUUCAGCAAGAUCCCGCGGCUUUCCCAGCGAAUCAGCACUCUCACCUUCAUGGGCAAUUUCCCCGAGAGCGUCCAGCUAAUACAGCCCCAACUCGAUGCCAUCAUCGCUGCCUCGAUGUCGAUCAAAUCCUCCAGCAAAUUAAAGAAAAUCCUUGAGAUCAUCUUAGCAUUUGGAAACUACAUGAACAGCAGCAAGCGAGGGGCAGCGUACGGCUUCCGCCUGCAGAGUUUGGAUUUGCUGCUGGACACUAAAUCCACCGACCGCAAACAGACGCUGCUGCACUUCAUCGCCAGCAUCAUCCAGGAGAAAUAUCCAGAGCUUCAGUCCUUCUACACAGAACUGCACUUCCUGGACAAGGCAUCGCUGGUUUCUCUCGACAGUAUCCUGCAGGAUGUGCGAGCUCUGGAGAGAGGCAUGGAGGUGACCAGGAGGGAGUUCUCUGUGGAGAGAGAUAAUCCUGUGCUGCAGACGUUUCUCAGCAGAAACACCGAGCUGCUCGACUCGCUCGUAGCUGAUGGAAAAACUGCACAGGAUGUGUACGACUCAGCUGUGGAGUACUUUGGAGAGAACUCUAAAACUACUCCUCCCUCCAUGUUCUUCCCGGUUUUUGUCAGAUUCAUCAAAGCGUACAAGCAAGCGGAGCAGGAAAAUGAGCAGAAGAAGAAACAACACCUCCUGAACUGUGAAGCUCCAUCGACUCCACCUAAACCUAACGUCAUGGAGAAUAAGGUUCCCAUGAUGCCCAAACUGCCUCAGAUGGAUUUGAUAGCGGAGCUGAAGAGGAGGCAGGUGUCUCCUCUGGUGAGGGAAGGGAAGGACGGAGCCAUCGAAGACAUCAUCACAGAUUUAAGGAAUCAGCCGUACAGACGGGCAGACGGCGGCCGGCGCAGUGCCAAGUGGAAACCAGGACAACAGCUGCACGUGUCCUCAGACAUCUCCCUCUGAAAAACACCACAGACCAGACUGUACGAGCACAAGAGAUCAGACAUUGGACUCACUGUGGCAGCAGCCUUGUUCUCUCAUGCAUGAUAAAGAACGCAGAGGUGAAAAUGCACGUUUCACAGAGAGAACAACAACAACACCUGCAGCUCAAAGCCUCAGAAACAGGGGCUGAAAUAUUUUGAUUGAACGGUUGCAAACUCCCCGUGAACACACAAACUGUUUCUGUGGUGUUAAAGCACCUUUCUGAGUAAAGUUCAAACUUAAUGAUUGUAGAAAUGUUCUGUGAUUCAAGUGAAUAUUAGCUGCACUUGAUGCUAAUGACGGUGGAUCUCAUCUGAGCUGAUUAAGACAAUUACAUGGAAGAAUGAGCCAUUCAGCUGAUACGUUACCAGAGCGCUUCAUUAAUGCCACGGCCUCGAUCUUCAAAGGCUUCAAACAGACACAGGCAGACCAACCACUCAUAAAUCAUUUUCAGGUUUUUUUUUUUAAACGCUCAUCACAUGAUUUUUUAAUUGGUUUCACUUGAAAUCGAAUAUUAAUUCCAGCACCACUGUCAAUCCGUCUGUCCGUUCCUGCAGGAGGUCGCAAACAUUAAGCUGAAGAUUUGUAAAAUAUUUAAAUUAUUUUUAAUACUCAAGUGUAAGAAUGAUGAACUUAUUUGCUUCUGCAUUUCAACAAAUAAAGCAUUUUAUACUGUU